GCUUUCCCGGCAACUUGUGAAUAAAACUAUAAAGCAAACGGAGUCAAACGGAUUUUGUAAAAACCUCUUCGAAAGCCGAGUUUAUUGGUAAUAUUGACAGUAUAAUAUUCAAACACAAGUGCGAUAUCAGAUGGAGGACUUCAGCGACUCAGACUGUUCUAGUGAAUCGGAGCAGUUCCCUAGGAUCAUUUCCGUACCCGUGUUCAGGCUCCACUCGAACUUCAGCGCACACAGUUCCGUGGAGGAACUGGCUAUGGAGAACCGCCGCACCUCGAACAAUUACAGGGUAUCAGAGCGCAGCCACAGCACCAUCUCCGUGUUCGCGGCCAGUUCCACUGCAGACAGCGGUUCCCCUGGGCAACCUCCAAACGAGUAUUCCGGCGACUCGGACAGUUCUAGCAGCUCCCGUUCCAGCGCCAGCCGCGCCUGUGUGCGGGGUGCAAUGGCGUAUUCCAGCGACUCGGAGCCGUCCAGCAUCAGUUCCAAUGAAACCUCUUCUUCGUCCAGCAACAGCUCCAGCCUGAGCUCCAACUUGAGCUCCGACAUGGCCUCAACUUCAAUGGGGAGACGUAGACAGUAUGAACCGAAGCCGAAUGAGCAGGACUCUGAUUCUAGCGAGGAUGUUCCUCCGAACAAACGGAUGAGAUCCGAUUCCGGGGAUUCCUACGUGCCCUACAACUGCCCCGUGUGCCUGGAAGACGUCCGGGAGAGGGAACCAGUGUCCACUAAUUGUGGCCACGUUUUCUGCAAAGACUGCAUUGAGCGAGCUGUCGCCACUGGGAGGAUGUGCCCAUUGUGCGGACUUGAUGAACCUGAAUUUCAUCGAAUUUUCUUGUAAGACGUGAUAUAGAAAUAUCCAAGUAUCGUAGUAUGAUAGAAAUCAUACUACGUUUUAUUUUAUUCAGUAAUACGGGUUGUGCUUAACACGUAAAACUGUGCAAUCUUGCUAAAAUAUAAUCUCACCUGAAGAAACUGUUGCUCUAUCAUAGCACUUAUGGAAGGUAACAUCCCCCAGAAACACAAUGCAAUCGCAAACUAAAACUAAAAUAUAAGAAGGCAGACAACUUUUGCCAUAAAACAUGGCGCAAGGACACACUUAUACUCGCAGAGAACCCCAGAAAAAUGGAAGCACUUCUACAGGGGGCAACAUUGGCAAAGCAAUGAAAAUUCCGACCUACCGCAAUAAAUUCCGCGGGAAAAACAAAGCGAGCGAUGCCAAAAUGAGAGUGAAACGGCCAGCUCAAACACACACACACGCACAUGAAUUUAGAGAACUGGAAUCACCACCUUAGACACGGCGCUGUAAAUCGCGCUUAUCCAAAACACAACAUGGCAUCAGGAGGCAAUGGAGAUUCAGUUUCAGUUUCAUUCAAAGAUUGAAUAGGCAAAGGGGGGCGUUCGUUCCUCCCCUACAUCAACAACCUUUGACCUGACACAAUGCUCUACAUUCUAUGUUUUUGUUCGAGUUGCGAGUUCGAAUCGCGACUGCGCAAUGAUCCUGAAGACCGAACAGCUGUUCUACGCAAGACCCUUACCUAGGACAACAUGUGCAUCCUUAUGGGCGUCUGGUCCUUGCAGCCUCAACCCCGAAUAGCUGAGGCAGGCCAUCCAUGUUUUCAUACGUAAUCCGCCUGCCAGGUUGGAUAUAUUCUGUUAAUUUUGUAUUUUAAUUCAUUUUAUUACUGAACACCCAUAAUAAUAAAAUUCUUUAUGUAUACGAGAGCUUGGGAGUUUUAGCCCCUGCCAAGGAAAAGGGAUUUCUAAGAACAUAUACCUCCAGCAGUCUUUGAAAGAAGCUUGAUCUCGGAAGAGGCUUAUUACUGCAUGCUGCCUUAGUAAUGCCUAUGAUAGCGGUUUCAGACAAUUUUUCCAGUGGGCGCUUCACCAACCGCAGGGACACGAGCUGCAGCCACCACAAGGACCGCAGCAAGGACUACAGCAACCUCCACAGGGACCGCAUCCGCAAUAGGGAGUUCCUCCCAUC